UGGGGGGGAUGGAAGAGACAGCUUGCAUUUCUCAUCCUGUGCUCUCAGGAUCCCAGCUUGCUGUUUGCUGGGGAGGAGAGGGAGGAAACGGCUCGAUUUAUUUUGGGGGCCAGACCUCCGGGCUUGCCCCCCGGGUGCAGGAGAAGGAGAAGGAAGAGCUCAGAGCAGCAGAUUCCGUCCUAAACGGGGAAGCAAAGCAGCCACCUCAGAAGCAAGAAGGGAGGGGGAGAGGCCUCCCCCCAGCCGAGGCGGACCCCUGAGCUGGCGGCGGGGUGGGGGGCCCCGCUCGGCAGUGCCACCCCGAUAUUUCUCUCGCGUUCGCUUUCAUGCUCAUCGCCACAUGAAGAGAGGACUCCCCACGGGCAGCAUGGCAUGAACCCAGUGGCGGCACAUGAGUAAACUCGAGUCUCCGCCCUCAACGUUCUCCCAUGCCGCUGCUGCCCUGCACAGAGCGAGAGGGGAAGGAUGUCGAACCAGAGCGCCGGAGACCCAAAGCCUCCAUGCCUGCCCCGGAACGGCCUCCUGAAGCUCCCCAGCCAGCAACCCAACGGCCUCGGUUCCGCCAGCAUCACCAAGGGGACCCCCGCCGUGAAGAAUCGCCUCUGCCAGCUCCCCGCCGUCCCCGCCGUCCAACGCCCGCCACCGCCCGGCCUGGCGUCCCCCCCGGCCGCCCCGGCGGGGGACCCCCGGCCCUCCGACCCGGCCUCGGGGGGCCCAUCCCCCGGUGGGGCGCCCGCCUCCCCGCCGCCCACUGAGCGGCCUCCCUUGGCCAUGGACGAGAAGGUCCUCAACGGCCUCUUCUGCUACUUCUCCGCCUGCGAGAAGUGCAUCCUGGCGCAGGUGUGCCGGGCCUGGCGUCGCGUCCUGUACCAGCCCAAGUUCUGGGCGGGCCUCACCCCGGUCCUGCACGCCAAGGAGCUAUACAGCCCUCUGCCUGGUGGCGACAAGGAGUUCGUGGACCUGCGGGGCUUCGCCGCCCGUGGCUUCGACAGCUUCUGCCUCGUGGGCGUCUCUGAUCUGGACAUUUGCGAGUUUAUUGACAACUACGCACUGUCCAAGAAAGGGGUCAAGUCCAUGAGCCUCAAGCGCUCCACCAUCACCGACGCGGGGCUGGAGGUGAUGCUGGAGCAGAUGCAGGGCGUGGUGCGGCUGGAGCUGUCUGGCUGCAACGACUUCACAGAGGCGGGGCUGUGGUCCAGCCUGAACGCCCGCAUCACCUCCCUGAACGUGAGCGACUGCAUCAACGUGGCGGACGACGCCAUCGCCGCCAUCUCGCAGCUGCUGCCCAACCUGGCCGAGCUGAGCCUGCAGGCCUACCACGUGACCGACACGGCCCUGGCCUACUUCACGGCCAAGCAGGGCCACACCACGCACACCCUGCGGCUGCACUCCUGCUGGGAGAUCACCAACCACGGCGUGGUCAACAUCGUACACAGCCUGCCCAACCUCGGCGUCCUCAGCCUGUCCGGCUGUUCCAAGGUCACCGACGACGGCGUGGAGCUGGUGGCCGAAAACCUGCACCAGCUCCGCAGCCUGGACCUGUCCUGGUGUCCGCGUGUCACCGACACGGCGCUGGAAUACAUCGCCUGCGACCUGCACAAGCUGGAGGAGUUGGUGUUGGACAGGUGCGUGCGCGUCACGGACACCGGGCUCAGCUAUCUGUCCACCAUGUCCUCCCUCCGCAGCCUCUACUUACGCUGGUGCUGCCAGGUGCAGGACUUCGGGCUGAAACAUCUCCUGGCCAUGCGCAGUUUGCGACUCCUGUCUCUGGCAGGAUGCCCCCUGCUCACCACGACGGGGCUGUCCGGCCUGGUGCAGCUGCAGGGCCUGGAGGAACUGGAGCUGACCAACUGCCCCGGGGCCACUCCUGAGCUCUCCAAGUAUUUCUCGCAGCACCUGCCGCGCUGCCUGGUCAUCGAGUAGCCCGCGGCCGCCCCCGGGACUGCCCCCCGCCCCGCCCCGCCGCCCGCC